CGUCACGAUGUCAUUAAUUCGUAGGCUGGGCUUAUUCGCAUAUUCACAAGGUGGUGGUGCUAGAUGUCCCGUAGGGUUUGGAGUGAGUGAGCGAAAGAAAGCAAGCUGAAGAGCUCUAAGAAGGGAGGAAACGCGAGCAACUGCUGAAACCUAAUGUCUCUGUGUCUACUUUUUUCUUUUUUCUAUACGAAGACCCUGAACAAAAACUAAACAUGAAAACAGUGCAUCUUAGUUUUUUAAAAUAAUAUUUUUCAAAUUUAGCAUCCAUUGUGAGCAAAGGCUGGAGAAGUAUUCAGGGGCAACUCGAAAGAAGUUAAAUUCUUAGUUUUAAUGGGACACAGAAAACGUAAAAAAGUUGUUUACGAUGUUCCUGCUAAACGUACGUUAUAGGUUUUGAAUUAAGAUCAAUUGUGGAAUUCCGAGUACUAUCCACCUAAAAUUUAAAGUGUUAUCUCAAAAAUAUCACAAUUCUUUGGAGAAAACAAAAAAUAGGGAGUUAUGUUUCAUUUCAUGGAGACUGGAUCGUGAAGAUGGAUUUACUGUGUUAGACACUACGGACUAUGGAUUUGCACGUCAAACUUUUAUACAAAUGAUUUGCUCGUCGAACGCUGCUGUUUUCCUCUUUUAAAAGGGAGAUAAUAACCGAAUAUUGUUUUCGAAAGGAAAGCAGGAAAAUCUCACUUCGUUCACAUAAAGUAUGAAAAUGUGCGUUUUGCUCCUGGGGAUAGUGCUUUCGGGAUGGUGUUUAUUGCCCGGCCAGGGGCAGUCCAGCCCACGGCUUUGCCCGACUCCGUGCCGCUGCGACGGACUGGAAGGUGCUGAUUGCUCUGGGAGAGGGCUGGUCACCGUCCCGUCUGGACUAAGCGCCUUCACUUACUAUCUGGACAUUAGCAUGAACAACAUCACAGAACUCCCAGCAAACGUCUUCGGAAACCUCCCCUAUUUGGAAGAGUUGCGGCUGGCUGGGAAUGACUUGACCUUCAUCCACCCUGAGGCUCUGACUGGACUCCACCAGCUUAAAGUCUUGAUGUUGCAGAAUAACCAUCUGAAGACUGUGCCUAGCCUAUCCCUAAAAGCCCUACCCUCACUCCAGUCUCUGCGUCUGGAUGCUAACCACAUCACUGUGGUGCCAGAAGACAGCUUUGAGGGCCUGCCACAGCUACGCUACCUGUGGUUAGAUGACAACAACCUCUCAGAGAUCCCUGUUGGACCACUUAGCAACUUGGGCAACCUUCAAGCGCUAACCUUGGCCUUGAACUGCAUCUCCUACAUUCCUGAUAAUGCCUUCGCCAAUCUCUCCAGUCUGGUGGUUCUGCAUUUGCACAACAAUAAAAUUAAAAAACUUGGCAAGAACAGCUUCCACAGACUGGAUAAUCUAGAAACGCUAGAUUUAAAUUUUAACAGCCUGGAGUCCUUCCCAAUGGCCAUCCAGACGUUGCCCAAACUGAAGGAACUUGGAUUCCAUAGCAACAACAUUGCAGUGAUUCCUGAUGGAGCAUUCCUUAAGAAUCCUCUUCUUCGUACCAUUCACCUAUAUGAUAACCCUCUCUCCUUCGUGGGACACUCAGCAUUCCAGAACCUCACAGAUUUGCCUGCUCUGGCUCUGCGUGGAGCCAGCUUGCUGAAGGACUUCCUCAGCCUCACUGGGACCAGCAAUCUGGAGAGCCUGACACUGAGUGGGACUAAAAUCAGUGACAUUCCCUCUACGCUUUGUGAGGACCUUGGUUUGCUUCGAGCAUUAGACCUAUCCUACAACAAAAUUGAAGAGCUCCCCAGCUUUCAAAGGUGCUUCAAGAUAGAGGAAAUGUACCUCCAGCAUAAUGUCAUCCAGCAGAUUCAUAGGGACACCUUCCAGGGCAUGGCGUCGCUGCAUACCCUAGACCUAAGUAGAAAUGAAAUCAAAUAUAUUCACAAAGAUUCAUUCCUUUCUCUCUGGGCUUUAACAAACCUGGACCUGAGUUUGAACUUACUGAGCAGCUUCCCCACAGCUGGUCUGAGUGCCGUCAGUCAGCUAAAGCUUGCAGGAAAUCUGGAGAUGAAAGGGGCUCUUACUGCCAGGGACCUACCUAAACUCCGGACAAUAUCUGUUCCGUAUGCCUACCAAUGCUGUGCUUUCAUGGGUUGUGAGACAGAGAUGACUGAGACCAAUGGCAGCAAGAUUAUAGGUGAGGAAGAGGAAGCCGAAAGCCUCGAGUUUUCGCUGCACUGUUCUCCCUCGCCAGGCGCCUACAAGCCCUGUGAGCAGUUACUUGGCAGCUGGAUGAUCCGGUUGACUGUGUGGUUUAUCUGUCUGGUGACACUCACCUCCAACAUUGUAGUGCUGGUGGCCACAUUCAGCACUGGGGGCCUCUCCUCCCCAGCCAAGCUACUGGUGGGUCUGCUGGCAGCUUCCAACCUGCUAAUGGGCAUCUACGUUGGUCUGCUGGCCACCUUGGAUGUCGCCACCUGGGGCGCCUUUGCCGAGUUUGGCGUACGAUGGGAGACAGGUCCUGGCUGUCGGACAGCGGUCUUCCUGGCCACCUUCUCUUCGGAAUGGUCUAUCCUGCUGCUGGUGCUGUUCGCAGUGGAGCGCAGCAUGUCAGCCCAUCGCUGGGCAAAACAAGGCAAGGGUCGGCAGCUCAGGCUCCACGGUGCUUGUCAGGCCGCCGCACUGUUGGCGCUCAUGGCCAGCGGGAUGGCUUUCCUGCCCCUUUUCCACAUUGGAGAAUUCUCCUCCUCACCACUGUGCUUACCCUUCUCCACUGAGGAGACGCCAUCCCUGGCCUUUACUGUUGCCUUGGUGUUGCUCAACUCCCUGGCCUACCUGCUUAUGGCCACAGUCUACAUACAUCUGUACUACGGUCUGGGGAGAGCGGACAUGAUGGAACCCCACCAAGCUGGCAUGCUCCGCCAUGUAGCAUGGCUCAUCUUCACUAAUUGUGUCUUCUUCUGCCCUGUGGCAGCCUUUUCCUUUGCCUCGCUGCUUGCUGGUGUUGGCAGCAAGCCUGAGGUUAUGAAGUCCGUCACACUCAUUUUUUUCCCCCUGCCAGCCUGCCUUAAUCCCAUACUGUACAUUUUCUUCAACCCCCACUUUAAGGAGGACUGGUGUCGGCUGCGGUGGUGUGGCCGGGGGAGGCCCUGGACAGCGGUAACGAGUAAAGAGAAUAGUGGGGCCUGCGACUCUUCUGGAGAGAAGACUUGUGACUGCAGGAUAUACUCUCACUUUCAGGGCCACAGAGCUUUGUGUGAGUGUUGUGAAUCUGUGAUGUUCACCAAACGUUUAGCCUGUAGACAUUUGAUCAGGUCACUCAGCUGCCCAGUGCUGGCCGCUGUGACCUUUGAGCAGCCAGAAACCUUCUGGUCAAACUGUAGAACCGGAUCUGCCCAGUCUGAGUUUGCAGAUGAAGAGGACUCCUUUGUGUCAGACAGUUCUGACCAAGUUCAGGCUUGUGGACGGGCAUGCUUCUACCAGAGUCGCGGAUUUCCUCUUGUCCACUACUCUUACAGCAUUCCUCGCAUCAGAGACUAGGGAAAUAAGGCAGUCAAGUAGAUUGUUUGUUUGUAAUUGUCUGUACGUAUGUGUGUGCAAAGUGAACUGUAAAAGUAUAAGAACUCAUAAUCUGAGUUUACCCUAAGUUUAGGUUGUCUGUACAUGAGUUAUGUAUUAAGAAAGCACUUUUCUAAGAAUUAUCUGGCUAGACGUGACUAAUAAAUUUUACAGUGUCUUAGUUUUCUUGCUUAUGUUGUUUGUUCAUUGUUGGGCCAUUAUUUUACAUUACAAAACUUCCAUUCAUCAGUGCCUGCUUUUAUCAUUAUAUAAAGUGUACUUUUAGUACUUAUUUUUAAUUGUAUCUGAUAUAAAGAUACUUCAUAAUUCACAUGUCCAUUUAUUGGUAUGAUUGUGUUCCGACUACAUCUUUCGAUAAUUUAAUAUCAAGCGCAAUACCGUUUUUGGUAAUUUGUCAAUGAACUGCUUGGAGGAGCAGUUUGUUUGCAGAAAAACACAAGUCAUCUCAGAGGAAGUUUUUUACACUGAUAGGUCAGUCUAAUAGUCUCUCCGUCUCAGUGCUUGGAGGGAAAAUAAGUACUAAUAUUUAUUUUCUUUUGUUUACAAACAAUCAGUUGUGUUUAUGUUUUUUUUUCUUGUCAUUUUGUUUAAGAAUCUAUGUUUGAUUGGAAACAGAUGAGUCCCAGUAAAACAGUGCUAUCAAGGGCAUGAUUACACAAAAGACCAUGACUAAACUUUUUUUCCCAGUAAUGUGUCAUAAGCAAAGUUAGUUUAGUUUAUUUAAUGACAUAAUUUUACUUGAAUUAAAAAUAACUUCUCAGCUUGAAAUUUACCAUAUUCAUUUUGUUUAAAAGAACCAAGAACUUGAGGGUAUGAUACAUUUGUUAUAUCAUCAGAAAUUAUUAAAUAUAGUAAUACUAUUACUGCAGAUUACAUAAAUAUGUGAAUUUGGAUUUAGGCUAUUGUAACAAUUUCAAUUUUGCUGAGAAGUGUGGCAGUUUUUCCCAAGAUCAAAAGUAACAGAACAUUUCUUUGAUCUACUGGGCUUCACUGUAUCAGAUCUUGGGUUUGUGGAACUUUUUUUCCAGACCAGAUCAUUUCACAUUUGCCAGAAACUCAGAUUUAGUCCAUUGUUAUAACAGAACCAAAAAACAUAACAUGUAUUGCAGAAUAUUGUCAUUUUCUAGUUUGUGAAACUUAAAAUAAUGAACACUACUGCAAAUUAUUACUUUUCAUGUUAAGAUAUUAAAUUCAUACUCCACACUAUUAAAAUAUACAAACAUUCCAUAUAUGUAUUAAGGGCUAAUCAGUUGUGGUAUGAGAUGCUUUAACAUGCUCGUACACAUUCCCAUAAACUUGCUUCAGUGAUUUAUACAGAUCUUUGUUAACCCAUGCAGCCUAUGUGAAGACUCUGUGAGAGUGGGAUAUGUUCACUAAUGUACAUUUCACAUUGAAGUGAGUGAGGAGAAUAAGGCCAAUAAUAAUAAGAGGCUGGUAAUCCACAGUUCUUUUUUUCUUACAUAAACACAGCAGACAUGCUGCACCGAGACUUGCUGCAUCAAGUCAGUCUGCUUUGGUACUGGAGACUAAACAGGAUUCCUCUCUGUGUCUGGUGACUCUGGAAGCACGCAAAUCAUGUCAUUUUGUUUAUACCACCAUGGAAAACCAUCUGGGGGAUGUUGUAUUAAUUGUUAUUUUCCUUCCUGCAAACACACACAGAAUUGCAUUUUCUCCUUUAAGUCUGAUAUUAAUAUUUACCUGGAAACACACUGUUUGGCUUCUCUCUCUGCAUUGUAGAGGUAUUUAAAAAUUCUUACUACAUUUGUAAAAGGGAAAAUAUAAAUUGCAAUGCUUUUUGAUGAGUAGACACUACGAUUUCAUUGUGAUAUAUUUAUUAGAAUGUUUUGUGGCCACUUAUAUUCCCGUAUUCAUUCCAAAUAUAUACAUAAGAAAUUAAUUUUGAAACAUCAACAUCUAUUUUGGAGAACCAAUAAAAUGGUAUGAAAGUCGUAACAUGCUAAGGAUGUUUUAAUGUGUGCAUGUGUGCUUUUUCUGUGCAUGUAACUGUAAAUGAUUUUAUUACUAAUGUAUUGUCUAGUCAUGAAAGCUACCUCUUUUACUGUAAGUGUAGUGGCUGCCAGUAGUGACAUGAGAAAGCAUGUGUGAGUAAUUUCUCAAAAUAUGAUUGUAAUGUAAAUCAAUCUGGGUGUACAUAUCACUGAAUGAAAUUAAUGGGUACUUUCUACAAACUGUGGAAAAAAACUGUAAAGUGUAUUUUUUGUAAACAAACCUUUGCUUAAAUACAUAUCUGCUUAAAA